AAUAGGGCUAAGCUCGGAUUUCUCAUUCCCAGGGAUUUCCUACUGGAACAUCAUUGCUGAUUUAGAGAGAAACUGUUUUUUCUCUCUCAUUCCAUCUCCAGUUUAUGUCAGUUUCUAUAAGCUAUUGGAUCUGACUACAUAAUCUACUUUUUCUUUGCCUCUCCUACCCCCAUUUUUUCUUUUCUUUUUGUUUUCCUUGUUUUCACUCUUUUAUUUCCAUUUUCUAACACCUCUGUUAUAAUAUGGCUCAGAAUAAUUUGGGAUCCAGUGUUCAUGCCGCCAAUAAGUUUUACCGGAAAGGAGCCCUUAGGCAGAAGAAUGUACAUGAGGUGAAGAACCACCAGUUUAUCGCUCGCUUCUUCAAGCAGCCCACCUUUUGCAGCCACUGUACUGACUUCAUAUGGGGACUGGGUAAACAAGGAUUCCAAUGUCAAGUAUGCAGUUUUGUUGUGCAUAAGAGGUGUCAUGAAUUUGUCACGUUCAUUUGUCCUGGAGCCGGAAAAGGGCCCAGCACUGAUGACCCCAGGAGCAAACACAAAUUCAAGACUCAUACGUAUAGCAGCCCCACAUUCUGUGACCACUGUGGCUCUCUGCUCUACGGCCUAAUGCACCAGGGCAUGAAGUGCACAAGCUGUGAAAUGAAUGUUCACAAACGCUGUGUUCUGAAUGUGCCCAGCUUGUGUGGGAUGGAUCACACAGAGAGACGGGGACGCCUUCAUAUCAAAGCAGAAAUUGGAAACCCAGAUGAACUGAUAGUCACAGUCGGUGAGGCACGAAACCUGAUUCCAAUGGAUCCAAAUGGACUCUCUGAUCCAUACGUGAAGCUAAAACUGAUUCCAGACCCCAAAAAUCUAACCAAACAGAAAACAAGAACAAUCAAGUCGACUCUGAAUCCUGUCUGGAAUGAGUCAUUUGUGUUUACUCUGAAACCAACAGAUAAAGAUCGGCGCUUGUCAAUUGAAGUGUGGGAUUGGGACCGAACAACUCGUAAUGAUUUUAUGGGAGCAAUGUCCUUUGGUGUCUCAGAAAUUUUAAAGCAUCCUGUUGAUGACUGGUUCAAACUGCUGAAUCAAGAGGAAGGAGAAUACUACAAUGUUCCAGUUACCGAGAACGACAGCACAGAGCUUCGCCUCAAGUUUGAGGCUUGCAACUUCCCCUUUGAACUCUACGAGAAAGCCAAACUUGGUCCUUCACCGACUAUCCUUAGUCCAACUGAAAGUAAACACAUGAUCUACGGCAGCUCUGGGCAUUUUAGCGUUUCAGAUUUCAACUUCCUUAUGGUCCUGGGAAAGGGAAGCUUUGGAAAGGUAAUUCUGGCUGAACAGAAAGGCACAUCAGAUCUUUAUGCCAUAAAGAUUUUGAAGAAGGAUGUUGUAAUUCAAGAUGAUGAUGUGGAAUGCACAAUGGUGGAGAAGAGGGUCUUAGCACUGGCCAAUCGUCCACACUUCCUGACAGCAUUGCACUCUACUUUCCAGACUGUGGACCGGCUGUAUUUUGUUAUGGAAUAUGUGAAUGGUGGAGACCUCAUGUAUCACAUCCAGCAGGUUGGAAAGUUUAAAGAACCACACGCUGCGUUUUAUGCAGCAGAAAUUGCUAUUGGACUCUUCUUCCUUCACAAUCAAGGCAUCAUUUAUAGGGACUUAAAGUUGGAUAAUGUUAUGCUUGACUCAGAAGGACAUAUUAAGAUCACAGAUUUUGGUAUGUGCAAAGAACAGAUUUUUGAAGGAGAGACAACUCGGACAUUUUGUGGCACGCCUGACUACAUAGCUCCUGAGAUUAUUGCAUACCAGCCCUAUGGAAAGUCAGUUGAUUGGUGGUCUUUUGGUGUCCUCCUCUAUGAAAUGCUUGCAGGGCAGCCUCCCUUUGAUGGAGAAGAUGAAGAUGAGUUGUUCCAGUCUAUCAUGGAGCAUAACGUGCCAUAUCCCAAAUCGCUGUCUCGAGAGGCAGUCUCUAUAUGUAAAGGGUUUAUGACAAAACAUCCUGCAAAAAGACUUGGCUCAGGUCCAGAAGGUGAGCGUGAUAUUCGUGAUCAUGCAUUCUUCCGCAGGAUAGACUGGGAUCGUUUGGAAAGACUAGAAAUUCAACCUCCAUUCAAGCCAAGAGCAUGUGGAAAGAACGGAGAGAACUUCGACAAAUUUUUCACCCGAGCUCCUCCAGUGUUAACUCCACCAGACCAACUUGUGCUCGCUACCAUAGACCAGAAUGAAUUCCGAGGAUUUUCUUUCGUUAAUGAAGAAUUUGUCCAUCCAAACCAGCACAGUGCAGCUAUUGCCCCAGUUUCUAUGGUUUAGUGCAAGAAAUUCCAACUGAAGAUAUAAUGAAAGAAAAACAGUAUAUUAUUAAAACACCAGUAAGGAAAGAAGAAAGGGAAAGACACAGACAUUUUUGGCUGAAUUUUAUCUCUGUCUUUUGAGCUGCCUGAAGUGCUCAUACCUAUCCUGUGUUUUGAGGGUGUGAGACAUGCUUUAUAUUUACUUACCUGGUACCUGUGGCUCGUGUAUCUCCCAUUUCAUUUUAAUUAUAAUAGGCCUGUGGCCUACAGAAAGCAUGGUUUAAACUUUUUAUAUUGCACCACUGACUGAUAUUGUCAUGCAUUUUAAUAUGAAUCAUAUUGCAUCUCUGUGACUGGAGAAAACAGACUGUAUUUCUACAGUGUUUACUGUGUGGAACAGCGGCAUGUUUUAUUUCGAAUCAUACUAAUGCACUAAACUUAUGAGACGAUAGUGAAUCUGUGUACUGAACAUGCAAUGUGCUCAUAAGGACAAGGCAUAAUAACAUGCAUAGUGCAUUUGUAGGUCCCUAGGAUAUUGUUUUCCAUUAAUAAGGCAUGCUUGUAAACCCAUUUUUACUACUAGCUAUGUACAGGUGUGCACUGUGAGAGGUUAGAGCUGCUGUUCAAACAUUUUUGCUUUUUUAUGAUUCAUGUUAAUUGGGUGAGCCUCACCUUGACUUACCUUCAUUACACAAAAACAUGCAUUAUUCGCAUUUAGGAAAAUAAGCCAAUGUUCUAAAUAGCCUCAGUGAAAAUAUUUAUCAUGUGGACAAGCAUGCCUUCUCUACUUACAUGCACCUCAUUGUAUCCAUGUGCAAGAUGUGAACAAUCACAUUAUAGAUGUCAACGUUGCAUUUUGGCAACUCUUAUAAUUAAGUGGCAAACAGCUUCCCCACACAUUUUCAAGGGGAGAGCUUCCCCACACAUUUUCAAGGAGAGAUUCCUUGAGCUUCAAAAGCUCAUAGAAUAAAAUGAAUGACAUAAGGCUGAAUGCUUUUCUCCAUAGGAAAUCUUUGCCUGAGUAAUUUCUAAUUGUGUACUAGUAAUGAUUAACUUUCUAGGGAGAUAGCUCCCUUCUUUGGGUUGGUGCAACCUCAAAGUUGGUAUAUAUAAGUUUGGUGGGAGGGGCUUGCCUCCCCCUGUAAAACAAAACAAGAAAAAAUAAAUUUUCACCUUUGUAGCUUUCAGGCAUUUUUUCAUUCUGUUGAUGCAUCAGCUUUCAGAAAGUUAGCUUUUUAUAGUAAAACAGAGUAAACAGAAUUACACAUUUAUAAUGAAAACUGAUACAAUUAUAGCUACUCAGGCAUGAAAAGGUAUAGUCAUAAAUUAUCCCUUGUAUGACACUUGGAAGGUAAUGGUGUUCUCUUAUAUAAACAUAGGUAAGUAUCUACAUUCAGUAAUUUGUAAUUCCUUAUUACUGGAAUAUCAGCAUCUUAGAGAUAAGUUCAUAGGUUCAUAAGUAUAUACUAGACUAAUUACCACCAGGGUCUUUAUAAGCUUAGCCAUGAACCCAACCCAGUUGUGUCCCUGUGUACCAUGAGCAUUUACUGGAAGGGGGUAUGUAAGUUAGGACAUUUCUAGAGGUAAUGUGAAAGGGGAUAUAUUAGUUUAGGCAUUAUUUUCUGUCUCUGUCAUUGAUAAGGGGGCUAAAUCCGUUGUGAAUUUCCAGUUUCCCGUCCAUUGGUGAUGGUUAGGCUUAAAUAGGAAUGGACUCUGUUUCAGAUGGAUGGGAAGCCUGUUCCAGAACAUGGGGAUCUUCUGAGGUACAUAUCUGUCACACUGACAUAUCCUAUUUAUAUCACAAUAAUUUAAAUCCUCAAAUCUAGUGGUUCUGAUAUUAUUCAUUUUGCAGACACUCAAAAGGUCCGUCAGAGCUGGAUCCAAGGAUGUCCUGUAUGCCAGGUAUAGAUUGCCUCUCAGUAACCUUUAGGAGACCAAGUAUAGAGAUAGGGCUUUAAGGAGAUACAUAUAGGACAAUUAGUUUAUACUCUGGACUUUCCUGGUAAGGAACCUUUGUGAGUGUUCCAUCUGUUGCAUAUGUUUGGUCAGGAAUAUGCC